AUGUUGGACAAUGGUGAUACAUGUUUCUUAUCAAAUAUAAAAAGAUAUAAACAAGUACCUGAAGUUACUCUACACCAAGCAAUGAAUAAAGAAUUUAAGGGGUUUGAAUGUUAUUUCAAAGCAACAAUUGAAGAGAUCGAAAAUAAACGAUCUGGUUGGUAUAGUUCUUGUAAAAGAUGCACGAGUAUGGUUUUUCCGACUGCAAUUGAGGACAAACAUAAGUGCUCUAAAUGUAAUAAUGAUGAUGCCAAAUUUAUUGAUAGGUAUAUGUUGAAGUUUCGAGUGAGCGAUGGAGAUAAUAAAGUGCGAAUCACUAUAUUUGAAAAUAGUGAAAUAUUAUUAGGAUGUUCAGUGAGCCAAUAUAAAAAUUUGAUAAAGGUAUAUGAAAAAAGAGAGGACUGUAAAUACUAUAAAAAAUUGGCCGAGAUGAAAGAAAAGGAAUAUUACUUUCUUAUUCGAUUGAGCAAUAAUGAUAAAGAAAAGACACAUUUGAGAGCUUUUAUCGCUGUGGAAAUACAAGAAAUUGAUAAAGUUGAAAAGAUAAUCAAUAUUGAAGAUGAAGAUGGAGAUGAAGAGAUUUAUUGGCUCAUAGCCUCUCCUAAGGCAGAUUGCAGAAGUGGUGGUUAG